AUGUUCAUGCGCCUCAACAUUCUUCUUCUCGAUAUCCUAGAAUUCAAGAACAUCCCUCUACCUUAUAUCCUAGAAUCCAAUAACAUCCCUCUUCCCUAUAUCCUAGAAUCCAAUAACAUCCCUCUUUCCUACAUUCUAGGGCCCAAUAACAUCCCUCUUCCCUACAUGCUAGAAUCCAUGAACAUCCCUCUUCCUUAUAUCCUAGAAUCCAAGUACAUCCCUCUUCCCUAUAUCUUAGAACCCAAUAACAUCCCUCUUCCCGAUAUCCUAGAACCCAAUAACAUCCCUCUUCCCUAUAUCAUAGAGCCCAAUAUCAUCCCUCUUCCCUAUAUCCUAGAAUCCAAUAACAUCCCUCUUCCCUAUAUCCUAGAACCGAAUAACAUCCUUUUUCCCUAUAUCCUAGAAUCCAAGAACAUCCCUCUUCCCGAAAUUCUAGAAUUCCCUGCUUAG